CUACGUAGGCGCUCCGGUUAGGAUAAAAUCCUAGUUAGCCGAAACAUCACUGUGUCCUCAUCUUGUCCGCCUGUUGAUCGUGGUCCUGCUGCUGCUGCCGUUGCUGUCGCUGAGUUGUGUUACUGCCGCUGCUAGUUGUGUUUUAAGAAGCGCUCUUUUACACGCACUGUUAUUUGUCUAUCCAUGGGGCUACCAUUUCUCCUCCUAGUCUUGCUACUAAUCCAGUCAGCUCUUUCAGUCACCGAUGACGCGUACCAAAGCUACGUACUGCUCGAUCCUGAUGACGAUUCCGAUCUCGAAACGUACCUAGACAGGCAAAUGCGAAGCGGAGAUAAAUUUUUGAGGUUCGGCAAGAAUUUAUGGGACUACGAAGCCGGCAACGAAGUACCACCGUACGAAGAUCGGGACGCGGACAGGCCUUCGAGAACUGGAAGGCAAGCGAAAAAUGAUGACUUUCUUAGAUUUGGUCGUAGUAAACCCGAUUUGCGACUUACCGAAGAUCCUCAGCAACGUUCCUCGAGAAGCAAGACCAGUUUUCUUAGAUUCGGUAGAAGCAUAAAAGAAGAAAGCAAGAACAACCGUGAAAAAAGAGAAGCCAGCUCCGGUUCUGAAGCCCUAAAACGUCACGAAAACUAUCUGAGAUUUGGAAGAAACUCAAACUUUAUGCGUUUCGGAAGAAAUCUUGGCGUGCCUCCUUCCACCCAUAGAUUGUUCGAGGAAGAAAUGAUGAAACAACAUUUGGAUUCUCGUAACAAGCAUAUGAUUGAUUAUUUAAAAAAUUUAAUGAGGCAAUCAGAGGAAAUUAAUAAUAGGCACUAAAUAUAAAUUAAAUUAAGACGUUUUUCUUAAAGGCUUUAGAUGUAUAAAUAAAGAUAAAUUUUAUAUUUUCUAAGUGGCUGGAAAUUAUGUGAUUAUUAUUUUCAAAAAAAUAAAAUAAAAUAGAUAUUGUUUUUUCAUUCCGUAUAAAUAUUUGUGCUCAAUACUUUAGCAAUUUGAUUAACUUUAGUUAAAAAACAAAAAAAAAACUAUACGCCAAUCUUCUAUUGUGAUCUAUGUGUAGUCGAUAAAUAUUGCAUAUGUUAUCUAAGCAUUAUAAGGCAUACUUCUAGUUCUAAGAUAUCUAGCAAGAAGUUGAAAAUAAUCCUAGAUUAAAAUUCAGAUGUUAAAAUAAUUUAUUUAUAAAUGAUUAACGCAAUUAUUUACUCAUAAUAAAUACAUUUAUUGUAAAAAUAUGGCAUUUAAAUAAAGAUGACAAAGUUCUUU